AAUUUUAACACUAAUGGGCAGCAUUGUUCAACAGAACUUUCCGCAACGAUGGACAUGUCCUCUAUUUGUGCUGUCAACGUACUAGCCACUAGCCACAUGUGGCCAUUGAGACAUUGAAAUGUGGCUGGUGAGCUAGAGGGGUUGAAUUACUUUAUUUUAUUUUAUUGUAAUUAGUGUAAACGUAAAUAGCCACAUGUAGCUAGUGGCUACCUUACUACACAGCACAGGCAGAUCUUAAACUUUUAUGAGAAUCUGAGUCAUUCUGAGCUGAGCCUGGUGCUGGGCUCUGGAAGCUCUGCAGGCGGCGGCGGCCUGAGCUCCAGGGUAGCCCGCUCCCUCCUGGUCUCUCCUUCCCGGCGGUCAGCAUGAAAGCCUUCAGUGCAGUGAGGUCCAUUAGGAAAAACAGCCUUUCGGACCACAGCCUGGGCAUCACCCGGAGCAAAACCCCGGUGGACGACUGGAGGAGCUUGCUGUACAACAGGAACAACUGCUACUCCAAGCUCAAAGCGCUGGUGCCCAGCAUCCUGCAGAACAAGAAGGUGAGCAAGAUGGAAAUCCUCCAGCAGCUCAUCGACUACAUCUUGGACCUGCAGAUCGCCCUGGACUCGCACCCCACUACUGUCAGCCUGCAUUACCAGCGACCCGGACAGAGCCAGGCGUCCAGGACGCCCCUGAACACUCUAAACACGGACAUCACCCUCCUGUCCUUGCAGGCUUCUGAAUUCCCUUCUGAGUUAAUGUCAAAUGACAGCAAAGCACUCUGUGGCUGAAUAAAUGGUGUUCAUGACUCUUUUUUCUUUGCACAACAGACAACAAAUCCACAGGAACUUACUACUUUUCAACCAUUUCACAAGGACAACAAGUUGAAUGGACCUUUUUAA